UUGUGCUUAUCUGCAAUGUUUCCUUCCUUCAAUUCCUUUGAUCUCUAAACCACCAAAUCAAUCUGUUCACUCUCUUUCUCACAGAUUCACUUCUACUUUUAGGAGAUAAACGCUAGCAAAAUUAUAACAUUAAGAAUGGCUUGUCAUUUGUCUUCUACUUGCUUGGUUUUCUCAAUUUUAUUAUUACUAUUAUUAUCUUUCUCAAGCUUGCCAUGUCAAGCACAACUUUCUUCCAACUUCUAUGACGAUACAUGUCCUAAUGCACUUUCCACAAUUCGAUCAGCUAUUAGGAAAGCUGUGUCACGUGAGCGUAGAAUGGCAGCAUCGCUCAUUCGCCUUCAUUUCCACGAUUGCUUUGUUCAGGGUUGUGAUGGUUCAAUCUUGCUGGAUGAUACGCCCUCAAUGACUGGCGAAAAAUUUGCUCGCAACAAUAACCAAUCUGUUAGAGGAUUUCAAGUCAUAGAUGAUGCCAAGGCCCAAGUGGAGAGCAUAUGUCCUGGAAUAGUUUCAUGCGCUGAUAUUGUUGCUGUAGCAGCUCGCGAUGCUUCUGUUGCGGUUGGUGGACCUUCAUGGAGAGUGAAGCUUGGAAGGAGAGACUCUACCUCUGCAAGCCGAAGCCUAGCUAAUGCUAACCUUCCUAGUUUUACAGAUAGCCUCGAAAGUCUCAUAUCUUUGUUUGAUAGGAAAGGUUUAAGUGCAAGAGACAUGGUUGUCCUUUCAGGAUCACAUACAAUAGGCCAAGCAAGAUGCCUGACCUUCCGUGGUAGAAUUUACAACAAUGCUAGUGAUAUCGAUGCUGGCUUUGCAAGUACUCGAAGACGCAAAUGUCCAGCUAACAAUGGAGAUGGAAAUCUUGCACCGCUUGACUUGGUGACACCCAAUUCAUUUGAUAACAACUACUUCAAGAAUCUUAUUCAGAAAAAGGGUCUUCUUCAAUCAGACCAGGUACUUUUCAGGGGUGGAUCUACAGACAGAAUUGUUAAUGAUUAUAGCAGGAGCUCUUCAGUUUUCAGUUCUGAUUUUGCUUCUGCCAUGGUGAAGAUGGGAGAUAUAGACCCUCUAACUGGUUCUCAAGGAGAGAUACGAAGGCUUUGCAAUGUUUUACGUUAAUUGAUUAGUUUGUCAAAAGAAUUAUUCAAAAUUCAAAGUGUUGAUAGUGUCAUGAAAUUGUUUAUUCAUUAUCAAGUUCUGCAAUAAAUUGUGGGAGUAUAUCUUGAACAUGAUUUUCUCUCGCUCGAGACACCCCCAUUAUAUUAUUCUUGUAAUUCACUUUUCGAUUCAAGUAUUGUUAGAAUGUAAGUUAUACUUCAUUGUCACGUAUAAUUAAGCUAAUUGUACUUUUAUUUAUGGUUUUAAAA